GGGUUUUUGUGUGUAUAUAAAGGGGGUGCUACCAUUGCAUUCUCCAUCAUUCACAAGCAAAAAUACGUUCAUUUGCUCUUUCAAGAGUGUUCCUUUGUUGCGUUUGUUACUCUUUUUCAUUCACUUUUGUCCCAUUGGUUCACCGUUUCUGAGAUCUCUGGGUUCUUCUGCCACUUUCCAUAAGUUGAAAUUUUUCCAAGAUCGUGUUAACUGCUUAACUAUUUUCAAUGGCGGAGCGUGUUUUGACUCGCGUUCACAGCCUUCGUGAACGAUUGGAUGCAACUCUAGCAGCUCAUCGGAACGAAAUUUUGUUGUUUCUGUCUAGGAUUGAAGGCCAUGGAAAAGGAAUUCUGAAACCUCACGAGCUCCUUGCUGAGUUUGAAGCAAUUUGCCAAACUGACAAAGAGAAACUGAAGGACCACGCCUUCCAAGAAUUUCUCAAGUCCACACAGGAAGCAAUUGUGUUGCCUCCAUGGGUUGCACUAGCUAUUCGUUUAAGGCCUGGUGUUUGGGAAUACGUACGUGUCAAUGUUAAUGCUUUGGUUGUCGAGGAGCUGACGGUGCCAGAGUAUCUGCACUUCAAAGAAGAGCUUGUAGAUGGACCUGCCAACGGGAACUUUGUUCUUGAGUUGGAUUUUGAGCCAUUUACUGCAUCUUUUCCCAAGCCGACCCUCACCAAGUCCAUUGGCAAUGGAGUUGAGUUCCUUAAUAGGCACCUCUCUGCGAAGAGAGAGAGCAUUAAUAAGAAUCUGAUACCAUCUGCAAACACAAAAAACAGAGAGAGCACGUAA